CAAUUUCCCAACUCUUCUACAAAUAGUUUCCCAGUAAUCCAGUAUGUGUGGCUCACAAGUGAGCCAACCUUUAUACAGCAGUUCUCAUGCAUUUCCACACUCUUCUGGCCUGCCAAAAGUAAAAAUGGCUUUGCUGCAGCCAUUUUCCGCCAUUGAUCUUUGUCUUCCCAAACCUCCCCACACAUCUCAGACAUGCCCAACCCUAAAACUCCCAAAACCAUCCUCUCUGCGCCCACACACAAUUCCCUUUCCCCAUUGCCACAAAGUACUGAAGAAGAGGUGGGCGUUUGCAGAGAAAUCUGGGGGCGGAGUAGUUAGUGUUGGUGAAGGUGAUGGUGAGGAUAGAGUGGCGGUGCUGGGUCCCACAUCCGAAGAAUCAAGAGAUGAGGGGGAGGUGGCGAGGUAUGACUGGACGGAGGAGUGGUACCCUCUGUAUCUGACCAAGAAUGUGCCCGAUGAUGCCCCUCUCGGCCUAACUGUGUUUGAUAAACAGGUGGUUUUGUACCGUGAUGGCAGUGGAGUGCUUAGAUGCUUUCAAGAUCGAUGCCCCCAUAGGUUGGCAAAACUGUCUGAAGGUCAGUUGUUUGAGGGAAGACUAGAAUGUCUAUAUCAUGGCUGGCAAUUUGAAGGGGACGGAAAAUGUGUAAAGAUACCCCAGUUGCUGAAAGAUGCAAAAAUCCCAAGGUCUGCUUGUGCCAAGCCCUAUGAAAUAAGGGACUCACAGGGAGUUGUUUGGAUAUGGAUGUCCCACAAAACGCCACCAGACCCUGCAAAAAUCCCUUGGUUCGAAAACUUCAACAGGCCCGGCUUACGGGACGUGUCCACAACGCAUGAACUCCCAUAUGACCACUCUAUCCUUCUUGAGAACCUCAUGGAUCCUGCCCACAUCCCUAUCUCACAUGACAGAACGGAUUUCACCGCAAAGAGGGAAGAAGCUGGACCACUCUUUUUCGAGGUAACUGAAAGGACUGGACGGGGAUUCGCCGGGUGGUGGGGCCGGGAAAGGGAUCAAGGGAAACCUAACUACAAGCCAAACUUUUUACGGUUCGAAGCGCCGUGUGUUCUUCAGAACAACCGGGAAAUCAUUGAAGAGAAUGGGGCGAAGCACUACUUUUCCGGUCUCUUUCUUUGCAGACCAUCUGGCCAGGGGAAAUCAAUGCUCAUCGUGAGGUUCGGAAGCACAAAGGAAAUCAGAGGUGUGCUAAAAUUACUCCCCAAUUGGUUCUUUCAUCAGAAUGCAAGUAAGGUUUUUGAACAAGACAUGGGUUUCCUGUCAUCACAAAAUGAAACCCUGAUGAAAGAAAAGGUUCCGACCAAGGAUCUCUACAUGAACUUGAGGUCCUCAGACACUUGGGUGACUGAGUAUAGGAAGUGGAUGGACAAAGCCGGGCAUGGGAUGCCUUAUUAUUUCGGGCAUACGACUGUUUUGCCCCCCAAAGUGCCCGCUGUCGUAGAGCAUGCUCCUGCGGGUUUCCUUGCUAACCUCUCGGCUUCUCAGCCAGCAAAGGGCGGAAUCGGAACAAUGCAUGCUCCGAAUCUUGCUAAUAGAUACUUCCGGCACGUUAUACACUGCAAGGAAUGCAGGGAUGUGGUUAAAAGUUUUGGGAUGUGGAAGAAUGUCUUUUCUGCUUUUGCCCUCGUCUCCACCGCUUUGGCAAUUCUGGCAUCUGGAAGACAGUGGAAGGCUGCCUUCUUGUUUUCAAUAUCACUGUGCUUGACCGGAAUAUAUGCCUGCUCCACUGCGAUUGCAAUGAAUACAACUAACUUCAUAAGGACACACAGAAGAUUGUGACCCCCCCCCCCCCCCCACCUCCCAAUGGUGGACUAUGGGUCUGUGUCUUGGCUCUUGAGCUCAUCUGUUUAUAGUUGCUUUCCUUUUUCAAGAUGUUGAAAAUAUGAAGAGAUGGUUAUAUGCUUGAAGCUGUCUAUUUAAAGAAAUUACAAGAAAAUGAGACGAAUCCCAUGAAGCUUGUGUCACGGAUCAACAAAAUCCAACUCGAAUUGGGGUCCAUACAAGAGAAGUGUCGCGAGGUUCUCGCUGCAAAACAGGAUUUAAUUGACAAAGCCAGGGCAACCUUAGUUUGGAAUCGAUCAUUGCUACAGAAACUUCAAGCUCAUGCAGGUUUACCUGUCAUUGAUGACAAUAAUGAUUCAGCAUUUGCUAAUUUUAACCAGAUUAUUGAUGAAUGGACAACUCAUGUAAGAGCUGGGGCAGAUAAUGAGAACCUGGAGUCAGUUUCUGAGGAUGUAAAUCACCUUCUGUUUUCAGCAAUUGUUCCUGAGAACUGAGCCCAAGUUUCUUCAGGGUUAGCUAGUAUGGGUGGAGAGGUGACAUCCAAUUUUCCUUCGGUAUGGAUCUUACUGCGGAAAAGAAGUCAUUCCAUCCUUAUUAUAUAUAGCCCCAUCUUGCCUUUUCUAAUGCGAAACAAAGUUAUGAUGAGAUUGAGGGAGUAGUAAAUUAGAAGACCUUAUCUCCUAAAAUGAGGAUGGAAUGAGGAUGAUAUGCGAAACGAAAUAGACAGACAUGGCGCGGUUGCUUGAGCAUUAAUAUAUCUGAAUGUGUGAUCGCUUCA